ACGGUGGGGAUGGGGGAUGGGGCAGGAUGGGGCAGGACACCAAUAUGCUAAAUACCUACCAACAGUUGGUUAGGACCCCGUUGGCACGACCAGGGCAGGACAUGCGGCUUCAGGCUCCGGGAACCAGCACCAGGCUGCUCAAGCUGCUGUCGACCAUCUCUCAGGACAAGCAGGGCCGCCUGGGGAGUGGUGAUGGUGUGCCAAAUCAGGACCUGCAGCGGAGGUCUCAGAGCUCAAGGCAGACAGCAAAGAAGGACCACAAGCCCAGGGGCCAGAGCAAGAAAGGACAGGGCUCUGAAGAGGCUGAAGAUCUCUUUCGCCUUCCUCCUCGGAAGCCCUCCUUCCCCUUCCAGUGGGCCUGGGAGAGCAUCGCCACAGAUGUCCGGGCUGUGCUUCAGCCAAGUUCCCCAACCCCAGGCCACCAAGCCCUGCCCAUGCCCUCCUCAUCCUCCCAGCGCCAGUCCAGGCGCAAGUCCACGGCCAACCUCCCAGAGGCCUAUGGCUGCUGCCGGAAGACAGAGGCGCAAAACCUGAAGGCGAGACAACAACUGGGAGCCUGGGGUGGUGUCUCCAUGCCUCCUGGCAAAGGGGAGCUAGGACCAGAGCCCACCAGUGAGUGUGGCCUCCAGCCGCCUGGGAGGAGGCCAGGAUCAGGAUCGGCGUCCGACAAGCAGGUCCAGCUGCAAGGCCCGGGUGCUGAGGAGGCUGAGAGGGGUCUGAGUUCUGGGGAGCCGCCCCAGCGCCCCAGGAGGGGGUCCAUCUCAGAGGAGGAGCAAUUCUCAGAGGCCACAGAGGAGGCUGAGGAGGGAGAGCACAGCGCUCCCUGCAGAAGGAGGGCUGGUUGUCAGAAAAAGGGGCAGAUUUCCGGAGAGGAGGCCUCGGAUGAAGGGGAACUGCAGGGCCAGAGCCAGGGGAGCAGCCCCAGCUUCAACAACCUCCAAAGGCCACAGAGGAGGAAGACAAGGGCCAGGGAGCUGCAGGGGCCAUGGGACCUGGAGAAGCUGCACAGGCAGCUACAGAGAGACCUGGACUGUGGCCCCCAAAAGCAGCCCUGGAAGGCUUUGAGGGCUGCCUUCCAGGCCUCCAAGCAGAAUGGAAAGACCUAUGCCUCGGAAGACAAUGAAACUUUCCUGUCUGCCAACCUCCCCAAUCGCACCUUCCACAAACGACAGGAAGCCACCAGGAGCCUGCUGCAGGCCUGGGAGCGGCAGCGGCAGGAGGAGCGGCAGCAGGCCGAGCUGCGGCGGGCCCGAACGCAGCAUGUACAGCGGCAAGUGGCCCGCUGCCUGGCAGCCUACGCACCCAGAGGGAGCCGGGGCCCUGGGGCGGCCCAGCGCAAGCUGGAGGAGCUGAGGCGCCAGGAGCGACAACGCUUUGCUGAGUACCAAGCGGAGCUGCAAGGCAUCCAGCACAGGGUGCAGGCCCGGCCCUUCCUGUUCCAGCAGGCCAUGCAGGCCAAUGCCCGGCUCACUGUCACUCGGCGCUUCUCCCAGGUGCUGUCAGCACUAGGGCUGGAUGAAGAGCAGCUGCUGUCUGAGGCAGGAAAGGUGGACAGAGAUGGCACCCCCAGGAAACCCAGGAGCCACAGGUCAAUGGGGGUGAGAAUGGAGCACUCUCCUCAGAGGCCCCCAAGGACAGAACCCACCGGCAGCCAGCCUGACAGGCACUACAAGCCCAGCCUGGACCCGGAGUGCAGUUUCUGAGAUAAAAUUAAAGGCUUUAUGGGAAACACAGUGUGGGAUUUCUGCUGGUGGUGGUGGUGGAGGCUAUGGGUUGGAAGUGGGAGGGGGCAGGUGGGUGGGCAGCAGGCUUAGCUCUGUCCCCACACCCCCUCCCCUCCAGGAGCUCUGGCUCUUUUGGUUCCCUCCACCCAGCACACACAGCCCCUUCUCUGCUCCUGAGGAGUGGGGACAUCUCGAAGAGCAAGAGCUGUAACUUCUCCACCCCAUCUUCAAUGUGUAUGUUGGGUCCUAUAAAUGCAAGCGUGAAUAAGA